GCAUUGUCUCGCUCAUCUCCCUGGCUGUACUUUCGUACGAACGUUACUGCACUAUGACGGGAACAACAGAGGCUGAUACCACAAACUACAGGAAAACAUGGGCAGGCAUCGUCCUGUCCUGGACAUACUCCUUGGUGUGGACUGCACCUCCCCUUUUCGGCUGGAGCAGUUACGGGCCAGAAGGACCAGGGACAACGUGCUCCGUGAACUGGCAUUCAAAGGAUGCCAACAACGCAUCCUACAUCAUAUGUCUUUUCAUCUUUUGCCUUGUAAUCCCUUUUGUCAUUAUUGUGUGUUCAUACGGGAAGCUGCUGUGUGCUAUAAGGCGGGUGGGCAGCAUCAAUAACAGGAUGGGCCGGGCCCGGGAGCAGCGCGUCCUGAUUCUGGUGGUGGUGAUGGUGAUUUGCUUUCUGCUUUGCUGGCUGCCGUACGCGGCUGUGGCACUUAUAGCUACGUUUGGGAAACCGGGUCUGAUCACCCCUGCAGCCAGCAUCAUCCCAUCCAUCCUUGCCAAAAGCAGCACAGUCUACAACCCCAUCAUCUACAUUUUUCUGAACAAACAG